AUCAUGUAAAAGGGAUGCAACGUCUGGUAUCGUUUCUUGAUUCGACCGAGACCUUUUACGAUCAACUCCUAAAGUACUGUAAUGUCUUGGCCCCUCUCAAACAGAUACACUCUUCUCUCACCACCUCGGGCUUCAUCUUCCAAAACCCUCAUUUGGGUGCUCAAUUAAUCAUCAAAUACGCCAAAUAUAAAGAACCCGAUAAUGCUCGGUCUCUUUUCAAUACUAUACACAAUGAUAAACCAAAUUCUUUUCUUUGGAAUACUAUGAUUCGUGCCUAUGCUACUAAUGGCCACUGUGCUGAAACGCUGGAGUUGUAUUCUCUAAUGCGUAGAAGUGGCAUUUCAGCCAACAAUUUUACCUUCCCCUUUGUAUUCAAAGUGUGCGCUUCAAAAUCGCUGAUUCUUGAAGGGAAAGUUGUUCAUGGAGAUGUUAUAAGAGCUGGGUUCCAUUCGGAUUUAUAUGUGGAGGCUGCUUUGGUGGACAUGUAUGCAAAAUGUGGUCAAACUGAUGAUGGUUGCAAAGUUUUUGAUAAAAUGCUAAUGAGAGAUUCGGUUUCAUGGACUUCGAUGAUUACGGCCUAUGAACAAGCAGAGAAACCUAAAGAAGCCCUUGUUUUGUUCCAAAAGAUGCAGCAAGACAGUAUUAUGGCGGAUUCAGUUACUGUAGUGAGUGUUGCCUCAGCUGUUGGUCAGUUGGGAGAUGCCAUGAAGGCUCAAGCAGUUCAUGGCUAUGCCUUGUGUAAUGCAUUUCUUGAGGAUUUAUGUGUUGGGAAUUCAAUUGUUGCUAUGUAUGCUAAAUGUGGGAAUGUUAAAAAAGCGCGUAUGGUUUUUGAUCGGAUGGAGGAAAGAGAUGGUAUCUCGUGGAAUUCUAUGCUUUCUGGAUAUACUGAAAACGGUCAAGCCAGUGAAGCUUUGUUGCUUUUUGAUGAGAUGCAAGAUUCUGGGUGUAAACCUAAUCCGGUGACAGCUUUGAUUUUGGUGUCUGCCUGUGCUUAUUUGGGUUCCCGUCACCUCGGGAGGAAACUUCAUGAGUUUAUCAUCAAUAGUAAUACGAAAAUUGAUGUGACUCUUUGGAGUGCAUUAAUGGAUAUGUAUGCCAAGUGUGGAGAUUUAGAUACAGCUGAAAGUAUCUUCAACGAUAUCCAUCCAAGUGAACGAAAUGUUAGCUCAUGGAACGUACUGAUCUCUGGGUAUGGAAUGCAUGGACAAGGGGAAAAGGCUUUAGAACUUUUCACACAGAUGCAAGAGGAAGGGGUUGAGCCAAACCACAUCACUUUCACUUCCGUUCUUUCUGCCUGUAGUCAUGCGGGCCUAAUUGAUGAAGGUAGAAAGUGUUUUGCAGAUAUGACAAAGCUAUCUAUGAAAACAGAGGUGAAACACUAUGCUUGCAUGGUUGAUAUGCUGGGCCGAGCAGGGCUUUUGUAUGCAGCUUUCGACAUAAUUAAACAGAUGCCAUCAUCACCAAAUGAUAGUGUGUGGGGUGCGUUGCUUUUGGCUUGUAAAAUCCAUGGUGAUACUAAAUUAGGACAAAUUGCAGCCAAUAAUUUAUUCCAGCUUGAGCCAGAACAUGCUGGAUACUAUGUGCUGAUGUCAAAUAUAUAUGCUGCAUCAAACAAAUGGCAAGAAGUAGGGAAGCUGAGACAAGAUAUGAAGAAUAAGGGAUUGAAGAAAGCUGCAGCUUUCAGCGUGAUUGAGAUUGGUAAAGAGAUUCAUGGCUUCCACACAGCUGACCAAGUAAAUCCAUACUGGGAAGAAGUUUAUAAGAAAGUAGAGAGCUUGGCAGUUGAGAUGAAGAUGGCAGGAUAUGUACCGGACUUAUCUUGUGUUCUACACGACGUGGAAGAGGAAGACAAGGAGCACACGCUGAAUUAUCACAGUGAGAAGCUGGCUGUUGCUUUUGGCAUUAUGAAGAUGGAACCAGAAAUGGCAAUUCGGGUGACAAAGAAUCUCCGUGUUUGCAAUGAUUGCCACUCAGCUUUCAAGUUGAUCUCUUAUAUUUACGGACGGAAGAUUAUUGUUAGAGAUGCAAAUAGGUUUCAUCAUUUUAAAGAUGGCACCUGUUCAUGCAAGGAUUAUUGGUAAGCAAUGGUUCUAAAUCAACGCCAGAUUUGUAACUUUCCAAAACAUAAUAUCAAUCCAAUACAAAUUCUUUAAAAACAAAGCAUGAAACUGCAACUACUCACAGUAUAAAAGGUUAGAACUUAUAUUGGUAGUAUCCUAUGCAAUAAGCUCCUCUUGAUCCAUCAGCAUCAUCAAGAGCAGAUUUUUGUGGUUAGUGUUAAUUUUGUGUAGUGAGAAGUAGACGAUGAGAAGCAAUGUGAGAUUAGUUGUUUAUAGAA